AUGUCGGCCCCUUCACUGGCAGAUGAAACUCCGGGGGCUGUGAAGGUGUCUGCCUCCGACGCCGAGGAAGAUGUUGGCGUUCGAUGGAGAUUUGACCGACGGGUCAUGCCGAUCCUGUUUUCCAACGUCAUCCUUGCCAGUGACGACGAGACGUCCACAUCUACCGGAGUGUGGUACGGCCUGGAAAUUGAUUGCCAUCGCAGCGCCUUUUACUUCCGCUACCUAGUUGUCUCUCUCCACGCGGCAUGGACCAUGCAGAGGUAUCCCAAGGUCAUCGUCGGGUGCCAACUCCUAUGGAAAAUCCUAUUGCUUGUAACGGGCUUAUUGAGUAGCUUCCAAUCACUCCUAGAUCUCCGCAUCGUCCUUGGAAUGCUGGGAGCUCCCAUUAUCCCAGGGGGCCUCCCAUCAUUAGCAUGUGGUACCCGAGACGGGAGAUGGCCCUUCGCCUACCAUAUUAUUACACUGCUUAUCACGGGCUCCAUCAGAUACGGCCCUUUCUUCUUGAUCCUCGGCGGUAUCACGAUCUUCUGGGCUGUUCUAAGCGCCCUGAUCCUCCCCGACAGCCCCAUGAAGGCCAAAUUCCUUUCCGAGCGCGAGAAGGUCGCCGUCGUCGCCCGCAUCAGCGCCAACCAGACAGGCAUUGAGAACAAGCAACCCGAAGACGUGGUUGCUGUCUUCUUCAACAUCUUCGUCGCUAUCCCCAAUGGCGGCCUGACCAACUUCACCACUCUCAUUGUCAACGGCCUCGGCUAUUCCGCCCCGCCCGCCGCCCUCCUCAAAAUACUUACGGGUGUUACGGAGACCGUGGCGGGGUUUAUGUGCAACGGCAUGGUCUUCCUCGUGAGUACCCGGUACGGCACCAUCUUCCAACUACCCUUAGACGCUCUGCACUCCCGUCCCGGGACGCUUUACGUCAGAUUCGUCACCAUCAACACUUCCGGAUACACCAAGAAGGUGGUGCUGAAUGGUAUAUGCUUCGUGUCCAACUGCGUUGCCAACACCAUCGGGCUGCAAUUCUUCGAGGCCCAUCAGGCUCCACUGUCCCCGCUUGAAACCAGCGCGAUUUGGGGCAGUCGCCACCUGGGGAUAGUCACUACAUGCUUGUAUAUGGCUUACUGCGCGUACAAAAAUAGGCGGCGGGAUAGACUCAAGGGAGGGCGGCCGGCCACGCAUGAGGAUGCGGACUUCGUGUACUUGUUGGAUAACCAAAAUAUCCACUUUCGAUACGCGUGGGUUGUAUGGUGCGAGUUAGUUUUCGUAGUACGAGUCUAA